CAAGCUGUAGGCAAUUCGUUAGCAUGGAUAAGACUAUCUAUCUGGCCCAUGAUAAGGCUAUCUGCCUGGCCAUGUGGUCGUGGCCCGUUUCUGAGACGUUCAGUUGGCAAACAACUGUCAAGGUGUCACCGUGAACACCAUGAACACCCGGAGUCAUCCACUCAUCCAGUACGGCUGGCUGCUUCUCCUGCUAUCGCCCCUCCCUCUGGUGGCCAGCUAUGGGGAUCUUGGGCGCAGCCGCUUGACAGCCCAAGCGGAGCACAGUUUGGCUGCCAUCACGAAGCGUGCGAUGGAGCAUGCCACAGAGCUGGUGGACAGCGUGGUCGACGAUCUGCUCGUGCUGGACUCACAGAAUCCCAUCAUACUCAGCUACCUGAACAGCUUCGAGGUGUUCCUCCGGCACGAGCGAAACUACACAGCGGCAGCGCUGCAAUUGUUCUACGAAAUCGUGGACAUCUACCUGGACGCCGAUGCCGCCGAGAAGACAUCGAGCAUUGAGGUGCAAUUGAUUUCCCUCUGUCUGCAGCGCACGGGCUUCGAUCGCUGGAAGCGCACGAUCCAAAUGCGCUCGACGCAGUUGCUCAAAUCCUUUGGCAAGAAGCUCAAGCGAUAUAUGAACACCCUCGACGAGGAGGAGCGUCUGAUUGUGGAGCAGCGAUGGCAGCAGGUCUCCGCACGGGGCGGACAGCGGAAACUGGAGAAAUUUCGAGAAUUCGUUGGCUGGCUGGGCAGGUAGCCUAAGCCAGGUUGAUACCACUUAAGCACCCUUCCGAAUAAGAGAUAUUAUAAUUUAUUUCUAGGCAUAAGAUAUCGGGCACACAUUAGCUCUGCGUCAUCUUUAAUGUGCUCAGCAUGAAAUGCGAAAAACAAUAACAGUAAUCUACUUAAUGCGCAAUAAAUUACUUUUGU